AUGGAGUUCGACAAAAAUACAGCGAGCGAUCCAUUUCUCCUGGAGGAUGAUGCGCGUAGCGACGCCGGCGAUGUGGAUAGAAUAGCGCUAGAGCACUGCGCUGAUCCACUUUGCUUAAAGGAUAUCCCAGAUGAGCAGCUCACUGCCGGCAAGCUUGCCAUCGAGAAAGACGUAUUCGCUCGACUCCGCGGGCUCCUAACAGAUGAGGGAUGGCUGCAGCCUCAUGCCCGAUAUGCCUCAAACCGUUUUGAUUCGCACAAGAAGUUGGCUAGGUUGAUACGGUUUGAGCAGCACGAGGAAUUGUACGUGCUACAAAACCGCCAUCGCCUACGCCAGAUGACGCGCGCGAAUGACAUGCCAGAGGGAUUCGAUAAAAUCCUCGAAGAAGCUGUAGUGUCGCAGCAGCUCCUCCUCCGCCCCCUGCAUGUACUGGCAGAUGAGAAAGUGGUAAGUGCCACUGGAUUUUACUGUACAGUACAGUACUGGCAAGUCUGGCAGGUGAGUGAAGGUGAGUGGCGCUGUACGGGCAGGUGA